AUGGGCCUCAAGUUCGGCAUCCACCUCAUGAACGGGAUCAGCACCCAGGCCGUCAACGCCAGCACCCCCAUCCUCGACGUCGACACGGGAAAAGCCUACGUAGAGGAUGGCCGGCAAUGGACGGCGAGCGACAUAGGCCUCACACACAGGACCUGCGCGUGGAUGUCAAACGGGUUCAUGAGCGUAAACACCGACGCGGGAGCCGGACGAGCGUUCCUCAGGUCUCUUUACCAGCAGUACGCCGAUUGGGGUGUCGAUUUCGUGAAGGUAGAUUGCAUCUUCGGCACGGAUUAUAGCCCGAAGGAGAUCAUGGCUGUUUCAGAGACCCUGAAAGAGCUUGAGCGGCCGGUCAUCCUGUCCAUCUCGCCCGGAACCGAAGUCACUCCGGCGUUAGCCGAGAACAUCACCCAGCAUGUUGACAUGUUCAGAAUAACAGGGGACGACUGGGACAGCUGGAAAGAUGUUCGCCCGCAUUUCGAUGUCGCCAGAUCGUUUGCCGAUGCAAAUAAGAUCGGCGCCACCGGAUUGCAAGGAAGGUCUUGGCCUGACCUAGACAUGCUUCCGUUCGGCAGGCUUACUGAUGCAGGUGUUAACCAGGGCCCUCACAGAAGCACUAACCUUACAUUUGACGAGCAAUUAACACAGAUGCUACUUUGGUCCAUGGCCAAAUCCCCCCUCAUGUUUGGAGGUGACCUGAGGCACCUCAAUGAUGGUACAUUCAAUCUAAUCACCCACCCUACUCUACUGAAGAUUAAUCACCACACUAAGAACAACAUGGAGUUUGGUUAUAUUCAGAGUGAAAGGACUUCAGAAUCCGAUGAACAGUCUGGUCGCUCGGACCUGACAAACAAUGGUGCACCUGUUCUUGGUCUCGCUACCUGCAACGAUAAGAGCACCGGUGGAUGGCACAGUUCCUCAAAAGAUCACAUUUGCAGAGGCUUUGGAAUCCAGAAUGACAAUGCCUCGUUUUGCAUGUCCAAAGCAAAACUUCUUCCAACAUCGGAUGGAGUUACCAUCAGCAGCGAGGAAGACCAAGCGAAGUUCCACCUGGUGGGUAUUGACACCAAUGAUGGUUGCUUGGAUGCAUCUGUCAGUCCCAUGUUCUCGACCUGCGAACAGCAUUCAAAGCAGGUCUGGGAGCUAACGGAGAAUGGACAACUUAAAAGCAGCUACUCAGGAUUGUGUGCUACAUUGAAGUCCAGCAAGGAAGGAGAGAGUGAAACUACUGGAGCACGAGCAUGGACAGCAACUGGAGACAAAGGAGAGAUCUACCUGGCCUUCUUCAACCUUGACACUGCAAGCAGGAAGAUUGCUGUGAGGGUGCCGGAUCUAGAGAAGGUUGCAGGGAGAAAGUUGGCAAGGAAACACUUGUGCACCUGCACUGAAGUCUGGAGUGGAAAGAGCCGGAGUCUCAUGAAAGGGGACAUCUCAGCGGUGGUGAGCUCACAUGGCUCCAUAUUGUUUGAAAUCCAGUGUUGA